AGCAGUCCGAAAUUCCGCCUGUCGCGAUCAGUACGAGAUGAACUGUGGCUGCGCGGAGACUUACAUCGGGCCGCCCCUAACCGCCACCUGCGGCGGCGGCUCCUUCCUCGUCUUCAUGGGCCUGCUGGACACUUUCAUACGGAAAAAGUGCGAAAUAUCCGAGAUAUGCCAGAGGGUGACGCCGCGCCAGGCGCCGGACUUGGAGUACGACUUUGUGGUGAUCGGGGGUGGGAGCGGUGGUGCCACUGCGGCGGGGAAGUUGGCGCAGGUGCGGGGGUGGAGAGUGCUGUUGAUCGAGGCGGGGGGUGAUGAGCCACCAGGGUCGCAGGUACCAUCCAUGGUGGUUAACUAUUUCGGCGACCCCUACAUGGAUUGGAACUACCAAACGGAACCAGAGCCAACAGGUUGCCAGGGUUAUCCAGAAAAGCGAUGUACCUGGCCUAGAGGCAAGGUUUUGGGUGGAUGCAGCGUAAUUAAUGGUAUGAUGUAUACCAGGGGUACUCCUAAGGAUUACGAGAACUGGGUGGCAGCUGGAAAUCCUGGAUGGAGUUACGAAGAAGUCUUACCAGUAUUUAAAAGAUUCGAGGACAACAAAGACAUCGGAACACUAGUCGACGCCAAAUACCACGGUGUGAAUGGUCCCUUAACUACGUCACGGUUCAGGCAUCAACCUGACAUGGCCUUCGAUAUUCUGGAAGCCGCCAAACAAAUUGGACAGCCUGUAUCAAAUGACCUCAACGGUGCUCAGUAUACAGGGUUUUGCAUUGCACAAUCUAAUACCAGAGAUGGCGUGCGAUUGAGCUCGGCCAGAGCCUACGUCAGACCUCAACGCAACAACCCCAACUUCCACGUGAUGCUCAACUCCACCGCCACCAAAAUAACUCUAACUCAAUCGGGAGUUCAAAAAUCAGUGACAGGUGUCGAGUUUGAGUACGCUGGCGUCAAGCGCUUCGUCAGAGUGCGCAGGGAGGUAAUCAUGGCAGCUGGAGCACUGAACACUCCUCAAUUAUUGCUGCUUUCUGGAAUAGGACCGCAGGAUGAAUUGCAGAAGGUGGGGAUAAAGCAAGAGCACAAUCUACCGGGAGUGGGCAGGAAUUUACAGAACCACGUGGCUUUCUACAUGGGGUAUAAGCUAACAAAAGUCCCGGCUGUGAAUGAUUUGGAUUGGUCUACUGCUUUGGAGUAUAUAUUGAAUAGAAAAGGACCUAUGAGUUCAACUGGAUUAUCUCAGGUUACAGCAAGAAUAAACAGUCCGUAUGCUAACCCUAGCGGAACAGAUCCGGACUUGCAAAUAUUCUUCGCUGGGUACACAGCCCAUUGCGCUUCUUCUGGAUCGGUUGGCGAUCCGGAAGAUCCAGAGGAUCCAGACGCCAAAAAGGAGUUUACAUUUUCACCAGUUGUUCUACAUCCAAAGAGUAAAGGAUAUGUUGGACUUCACUCAAAUAACCCAUUUGAUCCCCCCAAAAUGGUUGCCAACUACUUGACAGAACCCGAAGAUGUCAGAGUGCUGAUUGCUGGCAUAAGGGUAAUUCAGCAAAUAGCAAACAGUACCAUUAUGGUGCAGAAGUACGGGAUGCAAAUAGACGAGACAGAAUAUGGAGACUGCGCAGUCAAAAAUAGAUACGACUCUGAUGAAUUUUGGGACUGCGCUGUGAAAUACUACACAGGGCCAGAGAACCACCAAGCUUGUUCUUGUCGUAUGGGUCCUAAAUCUGAUCCAAUGGCUGUGGUCGAUAACAAAUUAUUAGUCCAUGGUAUGACGAAUUUGCGGAUUACGGAUGCAUCAGCUAUGCCAUUGUUGGUAUCUGGAAACACCCACGCUACCAUCGUAAUGAUGGCAGAAAGAGGAGUUGAUUUUAUUAAAGAGAAAUGGUUGAAUGGAGGUGGGAUCGCUAAUAGGUUUGGUGGAGAGAGUCAAGCGAGUAAUCAAAGGGUACCUGCAGUUACAUCACCUCCAGUAAGGCAAAAUAACUUUUAUAACCACAACAAGCAGAUGGGUUUGCCAAGCAAUUUCAACCACAACGAGAUGUUCCACAAGCAACAUCCCAACCUGCCCAAUCCAUACUUAGGUUACAACGGUAAAUACGUCCCGAUGUACAACUACUAUCAGGGCUACAACUCUCAAGGUUAUGAAAAUACCGUAUCGAAUUAUAAUACGCAGAAUAACCAGAAUAAUCGAAAGCAGUAGAGUAUAAUUUAGGUUAAAUUUAGUAUUUUAAUAAUAUUUAUAAAAAGUGUAAUUGUUUUUAAGUUUU